AGCUGCCGCAAGCUGGGUGACAUGCGCAGUUCGGUCUCAAAGCAUCACCACGGCAACCAUCUUUCACAGCAAGUCCCCGGCAGCAUCGGAGGCGUGCGAUCACCUCCACUCGGCCACAGAGCAGAGACAUCCGCACAGUGCAGCCAUGGUGAAGCUGGGCACCAGCCUGUCUGAUAAGAUGGAGAAGCAGCUUUCUGCAGAUGAUGGCUUCGAUAACAUCCCCCUCAUCACACCCCUGGAGGUCGGCGAGCUCCAGCGGUCUUUUACAGACAAGGUUAUUGUGAAGACGUCCACACAUUAUCAACAGCAGAAGAAGAAGUUGUUUAUGCCCACCAUUGAGAAGCUAAACAUCAACAUGUACAAAGAUUUCUCCGACAAAGCCAAGAUCACAGGUCUGAUCCUCAUCAUGUUGGCCUUCCUAACCAGCCUCUUCCUCCUGCUAAUGUACAAAGCCAUGUGGUACAACCAUCUAACCUGCCCAGAGGGUUUCAUCCUUCAGCAAAGGCGCUGCACCCCAGCCGCUCUGGAGCCAUUCUCCAGCGAGCAGCAGAAUCCCGCAGAUAUCCCAAGCAGGACGAACUUUGGGCUGUACGCAGUCCUCAGCCGCCUCAACCAGGUCAGUAGGACAGCGCCUAAGAUUCCGUCACCGUGGUUGCCCGUCGUCAGAGUUCUGAAGGACACAGACGCUGCUAAACGUGACGGCCAACAUGUCAAAGGUGAACUCAGGGGGGCUGAUUGAAGACUACUGACCUUUUUUUUCCCCCCACAUCGGGCUGUAUAGUGUUAGUGGUACAUCUAAUAAUCUAAUUAUGUGUGUGCCGCGUAUUAGAGAUGGUGGUCAGAGGCAAGAAUGUUAUUAAAAUGAUUGAAAAUGUCCCUUGAAGUUUUACAGAGCUGUGAGUAAACAAAUUUUAAGUGUAUUUUCCCAUAUGCACUGGACGCCACACUAUGUAUACAUUUUUGUGGUGUAUAUUCAAAUCGUGGAAGGUGACAUUUUAAGGCGAAGUGCUUGUUUUCAUCAUUUACUGUUGCAGGACAAUUUUGAAAUCAUACUAUCAUUAUGAAAGUUGUUUUCUUAAGAAAUGUGUGAGUGUAAAAACUGAUUAUGAUGGCCCAUACGAGAAUAAAUGGCAUUUUAUUAAUAGUAUAUAAGUAAAUGUACAAUGUUGCAUUGUGAUUUUGGAAAUAUGAUUUUGAAAAUAUGAAUGUACUGUAUCUGAUGUGGCUACUUUUGUUUGCACUAGAAUUACACAUUUACAUUUUGUAGAUUGUUUCUACCAGCAGUUGGUCAUAAUUUUUUUGAAAUGUGCAACGUAUUUUCUAUUCCAGCAAAUAUAGCUUAUCUUGUUUUACAACAAAUUGUACAUUCAUUUUCAAUGUAAACUGAAGGUUACAUUAAUUUUUAGAUGGUGUUUGACACCAAUUGAAUGAUAUAUUUUUGGUGUUACGUGUCAUAAGGUCUUUUCCCAGCUCCUUUUUAUCCAAAACGUGAGCAUACGUGGCUCAGAAAUGGAUUGAUGGAUGUUUUUGAACGUAUGGAUGUGUGUGUGUGUGGUGUGUGUGUGUGUGUGUGUGUGUGGGAUCGUGUGUGCACGCGUGUGCGUGCCCGUGCCCGUGUGUGUGUCUAGGAAUGUGAGAUCACAUCACAGCUUGUCCUUACAUCACAUCCAUCUGCCCAAACGACACCGCAUGGACACAAAUAAAACUGUUGAUUUCUUUGAUUCACAAGUUUGUCUUUUCUUUUUCAGUGUGCCUCUGAAAACAUGCCAAGCUCACGGGCCACUUCCGGCCCGGGCAGCGGUUUUGUCCGGCCCGUAGCCAGCAUGAUAUUGGCCUGCACAACAGCACCGGCCAAACGCGCAUGUAAUUUUCAUGAGCAGUGGGGGCAGAUCAGACACCAGUUUCAGUGUAGCUACGUGGCCACUUAUAGAUCCGCUCAUGCAUUUUAAGUACUGUACUAGUAACCGUUACUGGUAAUUUUGGAAGCUGUGUUUGUUGUUGAUUGAAUGAAGACACAUUGAUGAUGAACUUUGCUGGGGUUUCAUCACCAUUAUCUAUGUCAUUUUAGUGUUUAUCUGAAGUUUUGACAGUGAUGAAAAUGUUCCUCAUGGCUGUUACAGCACAAGUCUGACUCAAAAGGUGUUUUCGGUAUUGAAAAUCACACUUUUAGAUUCAGAGACAAUACAAAACUGUAUGGACGUGAUUCAUUGUUAAUCUUCUUGUUUUCUGUGAUGUUUAAAGUAAAUCUGACAUUGCCCUUGUGCUCAGUGUGACCUGAAAAAUGAGAUGGCUCAAGUGCACGCCACCAUUGUUUGUAUAAAACUAGCAAGCCUGGUUACCUCGACACAACUGUCGUAGUUACAAGCUCCA